AGUAUCUGAGUGGGCAGCAGUUGUAAUGGACAUGUGUAAAUAUCAGCAUUGACGGUUGGUUGUGGUGAUAUCUUUUUAUUAUUGUGACUUGUGUGACUGUGUUUUGUGAUGUUGCUCGGAGUUAUGCCCGAAGAUAGCGUCCCUGGGGGACUUCUCGUACCCACCGCUAAAAGCCAGAGGGCUACGGACUUCUCUAUAGCCGCUAUCAUGGCCAGAGGUGCUUCGCCGCCGGAUAGUGUCGGCGCCAGGGAACUUCAAACCGACGAUAGACUUUCGCGCUUGAGCUCGCCAGACCUGGACGAUCGUCUCGAAGACGAUGACGUCGAAGUGGACGUCGAGGAAUGUUCGGACAGUGAAUCUACUCGAAUGAUUAAACCGAAAAUUUCAAGACAAAGUCCUGCAAUAUCCGAUUGCGGUUCCGAAGUGGCAGAUUUAGAUCGAGAAUCGCCAGAUAUAAUAUCAGAAAAAACACCACCGAAACCACCGAAAAUUCUAUGUAAUUGCGAAGAAUUAUUAAACGUAGAAUGUCAUCUAGAAACCAAAGACCUUUGGGAUAAAUUUCACGAUCUCGGAACUGAAAUGAUCAUAACAAAAACCGGGAGGAGAAUGUUUCCUACGUUAAGAGUAUCUUUCACUGGUAUUAGAACUGAUCAAAGAUACGCGGUACUGCUCGACGUAGUACCGGUCGAUAAUAAACGAUAUCGCUACGCCUACCAUCGGUCGUCGUGGUUGGUAGCGGGUAAAGCAGAUCCACCAGCUCCCAAUAGACUAUACGCACAUCCCGAUUCACCUUAUUCUGGAGAACAGCUCAGGAAACAAGUGGUUUCUUUCGAAAAAGUUAAACUUACCAAUAACGAGAUGGAUAAAAAUGGACAGAUUGUUCUCAAUUCUAUGCACAGAUACCAACCGAGGAUUCAUCUAGUGAAAUGGCGAGAGCAUUCCGGUCCUAUAAACGACCUUGAAGUCGAACAAUACAGAACUUUCAUUUUCCCCGAAACCGUUUUCACGGCGGUAACAGCAUAUCAAAAUCAGCUCAUCACGAAAUUGAAAAUCGAUUCGAAUCCAUUCGCCAAGGGUUUCAGAGAUUCGUCAAGACUUACAGAUUUUGACAGAGAACCAAUGGAUAGUCUCUUCAUGGAUCAGCAUUUCCUGCGGUCGUCGCUACGCUUGUACUCCGGCGACACACUCGAUACGGAAAAUAACAACGCGAGCUCUUUUUUUUCUGCUGCUAUGGUGGAAAAAGCUAGGGCGCAACUUCAAAUGUGGGGUCGCGCAGGUGUGGCAUACAAUUCCAACGAACUUCAAGCUUUCCUCCUCAACAGCACUCCUAAUCAACAAGUAUUUUUAGGUCAAAGACAAUCGGUACCGCUUGGUAUUCCUAGCCACCUUUGGAAUCAAGGUAGCGGCGCUUCGUGGCAAAGUCCUAUUCACAGUGGAUUACCACCAGGAUUAUUAGGACCUCCCGCUUCUCACAGACCUCAACUUACUCCUCCUCCUUCAUCUACUCCUAGUUCGUCCGGAUCUCCUUCCCCUACCUCCAUUAAUACUUCUGCUGAUUUGAGGCUACCUAAAGCAAUGUUUCCCACUGCUAUUCAUCAUAGGUUUAGUCCAUAUGCGACGAUUUCCAGACCUUUAGGGUCUUCGGUGAGUCCUCCUUCUAGGUCUAGUAAUUGAUGUUGAAUAGAAAUUUUAAAAAACUGUAUGUAAAAGUUUAUUUGUCGAUAGUUCAAAAAACUUUCAUUAAAUCAAAAAUACACAAAAUGCUAUGAUGUGAAAUCGACUGUAUAUUGUAGAUUUGAUUGAAUACAUUUUAAACUAUCGACAACGCGUUAUAAAUAAAUUUUGGUCAACCGCCAGAUAACCAAAGAGUCAUGUAAGACGUUAAAUGUAAAAAAUUCCUUUGUAAAUAUCGGACUAGUUAUUUAGAAUGUAAUUAAUUUAUUGGGAGAUCUAUAGAGUGUCUAAAGAAAUAGUACAAUCACCAAUCAUCCUCACAAUUUAAUUGUCGAUAUAAAUUUCUUUGACAAGUGACAGAUAAUGCCGCUUACUUUAAUAUUUCGAUGAAAAAUGAGAUUUUUUCCAAAAUUUUUUAUACAUAAAUGAAAUAGAUUUCAAUAAUUUUAUUUCGAGUAGGUACCGAUAAAUUCGAAUCGAUUGUAAUUUUUUUAAACAUUCUGUAUAGUAGUGAUAUUGAAUGGUGUGCUUGUCUUAUUCAUAUUUUAUACAAGAACAGUAUUAAAUGUAAAUAGCACAGUCGGUGUUUCUACCUAAUUCUCCGUGGAGAAUAUACAAAAAUGUUCCUUUCCAAACAGUAAAAAACCAGUGAUAGAAAUUUUUUGAUACAGAUUUAUGAAUCGCACUUUUUAAAAUGCCUACUACAUCUGCUACCUCGCGCACUUCCAGUCGACGAUCAUCCAGUGGAUUUUCUUCAACAUUUCUGGAGUCGUCACCUCAUUUGGUCGACCACUGCGAUGCUGGUGUUCGCAAGUCGUACGGCCUUGUUAUAACUCUAAAAUUAGAAGCUGUCUCACUUAUAGCAGAAUCUAUUUCAGCUUUCAUAUUUGUUGGUCUAAGUAUCAUAUAGUAUAGUAUCCAACAGGACUAAUCAAUCUCAAAUGUCAUCCGUGACACGGACAAUUAGCUCGAUGGGAGUAGGAAUUCUCGAUAUUACAACACCAUCUAGUACAAGAAUCGGAAACUACUUUCCUGAUAACCUAUGACCAGUUCUAAUUGCAGUCAUUAAAACAUUCAUAUUUGAACAAGAAAUAAUUAUCAUGGAAGGGACAAUUAUUCACAAAAGACUUAAAUAAAUUGGAAUAGUUUUAAGGACUUUCUUUUGGGUUGACGUUUUUGUUCCGAUUGGUUUUUUUGGACUCCUGGAAACCAGUCUUAUGAACAUAUAUACAUAGUAGACAAAGACUUAUCGGCCAAGAUUUUUUCAAAAUUCUCGUAUAAUUCGCCCGUUUUUCUUUUAGUAAAUCCAUUAUCUCGUACCUGAGAAGUUCCAGUUUUUUUUUCGGAAAAUUAGGCAUUUCCUAAUUUUCCCACUUUUUCCUAAAAGAGAAAAAACUUUCUCUGUGGGGCUGGUGAUGAAUUAUAAGCAAACCAACUGAAAUAUUUGGAGUGAAUUAAUGACUCGAUGAACCAAACAGGUUUUUGGUAAUCGUAAUGGAUUUAGUACUUAUUGUAAAUCAGUACGGUUCAGCAUCGGUUAGAUUUUUUCUUACAGUCGACUAUUUGGUUGAUAAACAAACUCACUAGAUUACAGAAAAUUUUCCUUUUUCUCUAUCAUCAUUAUUUAUACAGUGAAGCUGAAUUAGGAAUUUUCUUUUCUGAAAAAUUUUGGAUUAUCAAACGCACCUUUCGAAUGUUUAUCAUAGUAAAUAUUUUGAUUUGUGUUUGCAAACCAAUUUCAUUAUGCGGAACUUGAUUUAAAGUUAAUUACAUACGAUACAUUUUCAAAUAGUUAAUAAUUUUUCAAUUACUGGGAAUUUUACUGUUGAAUUUAUGAUUGUAGGCUGUAAAUUAAAGUGUAUUAUAAACCAAGUCGUAAUCCUUAAUGUCAAUUAUCGUUUAUCUAGAUUUUUAUUCAUUUCUUAUUUAUGUUGAUUAUUACUUGUUGUGUAUAUAUUAAUGGACUGUAGAAUAUUUAAAAAUAAAUUUGAAUAUUUGA